AUGGUUAAAGCACAGCAGAUCCCAACUGCUGCAAUCAGUCAAGGAAGUCAGCCCAGUCUUCCUCCAAUCAAUCUUGGAAGCCCCUCAUCUAGUGGUUCCAAACCCAAAUCCAAAACAUCCCAAUUGACACAAUCAAAAUCCAAGGCUAAGUCCAAAGCUCCUGCAGCUCCGGCCCAGCCCAAAGACCAUUCACGGCCCAAAUCGCAAAUCAAAGCCAAGGCUAAGUCCAUUCUUCCUCCUGCUCAGCCCACAACUAAAUCAAAGGUCAAACCCAAGUUAUCCAGAGACGAACUGCUCCAGUUAGCUCGCCAAAUUACAGAUCAAGCUGAAGCCCAAUCUGCUUCCAGUUCAGCCCAUUCAGAAGAAGGUUCAGACAGUGCACACUCUUCUGAAGAAUCAACUAAUCAAUACUCAGGACCCGAAUUUCAAGAUGCUCAGGAUCUUAUAAUGGAGAGUUUUGGUUUUGGCCAAAAAUGGAGGAGUUGGAUUAAAAGUUGUGUUACCACAGCUAGAAUUUCAAUGUUAGUCAAUGGAAGCCCCACAACUGAAUUUAAAUCUGAAAAAGGAUUGAUCCCCUCUCCCAUUUUUUUGUUUAAUUUGGUUGUGGAAGGUCUCAACAUGCUUACAAUGAGGGCUACGAAAUUGGGAUUUCUUAAAGGGGUUGAGAUUGGGAAGGAUUUGGUGAAAGUAUCCCAUCUAUAG